UGCAGCCAUGCCCGCUCUCAGGCUUCUCUCUGCCAGUAGUCGCUCUGAGGCUUUUCUCUGCUGGAUACAAUUAAUGAUAUAUUUAAUCAAUUUUUAAUUAUUAAUAGUUUUUAUCGUACAUUGUACUGUCGUCACCUUGAGCUCAAAGCAAACAACAACAACAAUAACAACAGUAACGCAUCCCACAGGAGAAGAGAUUUCGAUAAAACGUUGAUCUAUAUAUCAUGCAUCCAUCGGCAGUCGUUAUUGAACAACCACAAAUGGCGGAUGAUUCAUGGAAAACUCCACAUUUUCGGCAGAGCGUGGUUGCGAAGAUAGAUGAAGCUGUACAAGUAUCUGGGAUGCCCACAACAAGGAAUAGCGUUGAAAUGGAAAAUCAUGUUUUUCAAAAGGCAAAAACCAAGGAGGAGUACCUAGGUUUUGUGGCCAGAUUAAUCCUUCAUGUCUGAGAAAUGAAUUCCAAGAAGAGAACAGCUGGUAAUGUGCCAAAUACUACUGGUACCAAUAAUCAAGGUAUGCUAGAUCCAAUUGGUGCGCUUCAGACAUUGGCACGUCAAGGGACUGGAAAUAAUCAAAUAAUGGGCAUGAGAGGUUCUGGUCCUAAUCAUCAAGGCAUAAUUCCACAACCACCUGCAAGUACUGCAACUAACCCAAGUUCAUCACGAAGGGGAGUAAGUGCCGGCAAAAGUCGAGUGAUUUGGAAGGCUCAUCGUGGACGUGGAGGAGCAAGACGCGGCCAGUUUAUUAAAAAUUAUUUUUAUUUUAAAUAAAAAAUAGAAAAUUAUAUAUAUUUAUAAAUAGUGUAUUUAUAAUAAAUAUAUAUAAUAAAAUAAU